AUGUCUGACCAUGACGACCACGAACAUACCCCCGAUCUAGGAGACACUGACGGUCUCCAAUGGGAUCUGGAUGCCUAUCUCCGUUUUGUCAAUGAUGAUACCCCUCCGCAGCCUCACUUUGACCACGUGACGGCAGACCAGCCCGUCAGGUACCUACGGAAGGGGGAAACGCCAACACACGCGUUUACAUCACGCAACGGCUUCGACAUGUCACUCCCCGGACGCCCACAAGUCCAGCCGCAUACGAUUCUUGCCUCACAGGGCAAUGCCUGCCCAACCCCGUCCAUGGACACUGGUGACGCGCGACUGUCUGGCUCCGCGCCGUCGAUGCCGGCUGUCGAUGUCGAUGGCCUGGAUUGGAGACUGUUGAUGGGCGAGUCGGAGGAGAAUGGCAUGUUGACUCUGAUGACUCCUGAUGAGAUCGCUCCCGCCCCGGCCUAUGGUCUGCCUACGAUGAGCGAUACAGAGAGCCAAAACCCCACAUCACAAUCUGCCACAAGCCCUCUCGCCUCGGCACGAGGUAGCAAGUCCACGAAGAACGACCAGUCAGGCCGAUCUGCGAAGCCUCUUGACCUGGUAGCAAAACCGCCGAGCAAAAAUUCUGCUAAACGACAGCGACAAAACAAUACCGCUGCCGUCAGGUAUCGUCUCUUCUUUCGCAAGUUCUGCUUCCACCAACAAACUCACAGCAUUAUUCAGGAAAGCCGAACCGCCACCGUCAGCCUGCGGAUGGACCGCCCUUCCAAGCAAUCGGCCAGCGGACAGACAGAAGCCUCAGUGGCGAGUGUCGAUCCGUCUGGGCUAGAUUUGUGGAAGCCCGGAUACGUUAGCGGCAUGAAUCGUCUAAUUCUUCAGGCAAUUUGGCCGAAAACGCGAUGCGACAAGUCGCAAUACACGACACUCAAGGAUACUGCAUUGACUUUCGACAGGAAGCUUCGGGAGUGUCUGCAGACGUACAAGCAAGCUGUCUUGGCGUACGAUCACGAUGGAUCCAUACUCAUUACGGGGUAUGGAAAGCGGGAAUCAGAACUGGGUCCGGACCUUGUUGGUCUCGAACCAGCUCAGGCGAUUGACAAGCGAAGUCAUAGACGGAGGGCGAAGAGGGCGGCCGGAGCGAGUGACAAGACAUGA